UAUUGAUUGGCUGUGUUUGUCCCUCCCCUCGUCUCUUCUCUUCUCUUCUCGGCUCUGGUCUGAUGUUAGUUUGCUGAAGCUCAGCAUCAGGAGAAACUCUGCAUGGAAAUACAUUAAAAUCAAGAGCACUUCCACAAACACAUGAUCUGCUGAUGUGGAGACGAUGGUUACGAUGAGAGAUCAUCACAUUCAGCGUCUGGAACAGGAAGUGCGACGACUUCAGUGUCUGCUGCAGGAAGUCCAGGAGCGAGCAGCCAAUCACGUCGCUCUGCUGCAACAGCAACUGGCCACUAAAUCACAGCAUAUAGAGAGACUUCAGGCCGAGUUACAGUCCCAGCAGGACUAUGAGAAGAUCAAGACCGAGCUCAGGACUCUUCGAGUGCUGGUGCAAACCAGAGACGAAGAUUCGGUGUUUUCUCCUUCUUCUGAUGUCAGGAGCGUCUCUGUUGAUAACGAUCCUGUGAUCCAGAAAGAAAGGCCAGAGUCUCAUCACUGCACUGAAGAAGAAGCCCUGAAUGAAUCUUCCUCUUUCAUCUCUGGGUCACCAGCUUCAUCUUCAUCAUCUCUGAGUGUCCAGAGCUUCAGUAAAGAGGAGCCUGACUCUGGUGAGGAUGAGCAGGAGUUUGACACGGCUCGAUUAGCUCAGCUGGUCAAAGAGGCUCUUCAGCGGCUGAACAUCGGCCAGCGGGUGUUCGGUCACUAUGUGCUCGGUCUCUCUCAGGGAACCGUCAGUGAUAUACUGGCCCGACCCAAACCCUGGAGCAAACUGACCAACAGAGGAAGAGAACCCUUCCUGAGAAUGAAGCACUUCCUGUCAGACCAGCACAGCAUCCGAACACUCAGCGACAUCCAGGAGAGACUGAGAGGUGAGAGGAUGCAUGGAUGGAUAAUAAUUAGAUGA